UAUAAAACAGAGUUAUGAACUUCUUUAGUAAAUAAAUAUUUAGACUUCGUGUGCUCGUGAAAAACAUUAAUUAUUUAAAUAAGUGAAAUUGUUUGUAACUAUAAACAAUCUAAGGAUAAAAGGUGUUUGGCUAAUGUGUUUUUCAAGCUGUUCGAAAUGAUGGCGUUAGAAGAGAGGAAGAUGCUACAAAAUACGGUAACAGUAGUAAUCCUUCUACAAUACAAAAAGUUUUACUAACGCUAGUUGUCGUUGAAAAACCUCGUUUGCAAAAUUUCAAUGUGUAUCUUGCAAGAACUGGCAAACCAUUUGAGCCAUCUCAAAUUGCAUCGCCACAACCUUAUAAUGCUUCUGAAAUGAUACUCAAAUUUGAAAAAUCCAAAAGUGAAAUUCUGAAUGAUUUAAACAUUUCAAAUCAGAACGAUACCCGUCCAAAGCGAAGUGUAUUUGGCUUGUUCAACAUGAUCAGUUGUGCGACGGGAUGCAACCCCUUAACUUAUAAAAAAUACGGGUGUUACUGUGGAUUUCUAGGCUCUGGAAUUGCUGUUGAUGGAAUAGAUAAGUGUUGUCAGCAUCACGAUUGGUGUUAUUCGGCAGCUGAUUGUCCAAUGUGGUCUGAAUAUUUUAUCCCUUAUUAUUGGAUUUGUCACCGCAAUGAACCGCUAUGUGGCACUAUACAUCAUGGUGAAUGGGGUGGGCCCACGUCUUGUGCGUAUAAACUUUGCGAAUGUGAUAGGAAGUUUGCUAUGUGUCUGAGUAGAUAUCUUUGUCCUUCAUCAAGAGCCCUUUGCACGUCAUCGCCAUUAAGGCUCCUGCAAAACAUCUUAUGAUAUCGCGUAAUAAACUUUAUAAAUAAAUUAUUUAUAACUAUAAACGUUUGUAUGAAAUAUUAUUUUGCCAUCCGU